AAUCUAAAAAAACACUUCGAGCGACUUAGAAACGGAAGGACUUGCGCGCAGACUUGCAGCCCUAGACAGGGUCUCUUCAUCUGCAGCUUCGUUUUGACACACAAAGCCUGAGCGGCAGAGAUGCCGCCGGCGGAGGUGCAGAUGCCCAUCACUAAACCUUCGUCCUACGCAGCGGCGGUAAGGGAUUUAAUCCCCGGCCAUCGACUGGACUCUCAACCACACAUAUCUUCCGAUGUCCACUUCCAAGGGCUACCGGCGAAGUCUCCUCGUAGAUUCAGGGGCAUUCCGGCUGUAUCAUUCACUGCAAAUGAAAUUCAGGUUCUAUCUUCUAUAUUUCGUUAUGCCCUUGUUGGGGCCUUCCCACAGAAACGCCCUCCCCUUUCUUCGAUACGGAAGGCCAUGGAGGCUAUAGGGUUUUCCAAACCCUACUCAGUCGGGCAUCUCCAAUCGCAUCAGAUACUUUUUAAUUUUCGUUCAGAUUUGGAUUUUCAAAGAUUUUGGCUUAAAAAUAAUUGGUACUUCUUUGGUUGUGCUAUGAAUGUAUCGAGGUGGACUCCUUCCUACUAUGUGGAAGCUGACUCCCCCUUGUGUCCCGUUUGGGUAGCCAUGGAGGGCAUACCAGUUCACCUACAUGAUGUGCGAGCUCUGUACGUCAUAGCUGGCUUACUUGGCAGACCACUCAAAAUUGAUGCUCCAACUGCUAAUUUUUCUAGGCCCUCUACAGCUAGAAUAUUGAUUGAACUUGAUAUCUCUAGGGAACUAUCUCAAAAAAUUUGGAUUGAUAAUGGUGAAUCCGGCUUUUUUCAGGCUGCGGUGUACGAAAAUUUACCUGUAUUCUGUACUGUUUGUUCUCGCUUUGGCCAUACCAGUAGGAAUUGCUCCCGGGUCUCAAAACCAAUGAUGCAAAAAGCAAAGGUUUCUGGGACUAAGGAUCUAAUAACUGAUGUUCCAAAUAUGCUUGUUUCAGUCCCUUUGGUUGUUGAUGCUACAAAUUUAGUUGUUGGUGUCACCUCAUGUGAUACCAUGAUCCCAAAUAGGAAGGCUGGGGAUAGCCUUGUGUCCCCUGUGACCGAAAAAUCCCCCCCUAUCUGAUUAUGAUCAGGACAACUCCACUGCCCCCCUGGAAACUAGUAUUGAGGGUACUGAUACUCUCUACAAUAUGCUCCUAUCCUCAAUUUUGUAGCUCCUACUUCUUUUCUUCCUCUUUCCAUCCAAACAACUUUGAACUCCACCAUCUGUAACCUUUUCUCUUAUUUCUUCUUUCUUUCCUAUAAUCUUCAUCCCACCUUUUGUUCUUUUUACUUCAUUUGCAGUUGAUAGACCAACUAUCUAUUCAUGCUCCUGCUCCUGAAUUGAAACUGAAGGUUCUGCUGAAAGAAAUUGCUGAGGAGCAUGAACUAGAGUGGGACCCAAGUGGGACAUAAUCUGAAUUGUUGAAGCCGCAUGAAGACUUGCUUUGCAAUGGAGGAAAGCCGUGGGCUCAAGUCAAGAAAGGGAAGAGUGGAAUGGAUUACUCCUAUGUCUCGAAUGCAAGUUGGGAGUUAUGAAUGUGGUUAUUAUGUGAUGUUGCAUAUGUUGAAUAUUGUUUCGGCGGUAAUUCUUGAAAUGUGGGAUGAGCGAUUCGCCAAUCCGGAACCAUUCUCAUCAGAAGAGAUCGAUGAAGUACGAACUCGUUGGGCAUCAUAUUUCUUAGAAAUGACGCAAUCCAUCAAUGACACAUGAUAAACGUGUUUGUUUAAGUUUUUGAGUUAUGAUGAGACUUGUAACUUUAUACAAUGUGUUAUUACUCUAGACUUGUGCAAGGAUUGUUUUAUUUUAGCUUAUUAUUAUGUACUAAGUUGUUACUUGAACUUGUUUAACAUUUGUGGAAGAAUUGAAAAAUAGCUUGUGUUAUUGUUUUAGAUGGAUUAAGU